UAGGGUCAGCAUAAAGUUAACAUACAUAUGGAUGUAGAGCUAGGAUAAAUAACAUGGAGCUUUUAAUUUUCAUUUCUUUGUGUCUCAUGGUUCCAGUGGCCGUGUAUGGGAAUGGUAUCAUCAUGUCGCCGAAUUAUCCGAACCUGUAUCCUCCGAACGUUACCAAAACCUACUCUAUUUGGAAUGUCAGCCAGAGUCACGGAGACGUCGUGUCUAUUUCCUUACAAUUCUCGUAUUUUGAGACAGAGCAGUGUAGUUCAUGCUCCUGUGACCGUUUGGAGAUCGUCAGGGGUGGAGUGACCACCCAGACAUUUUGUGGAGGUAUCUUACCUAACGGAGAUGGACUCGUUCAAGUUGGAGAUGGAACGGAUUCCGUUAGUGUUCGAUUUAUAUCCAACUUCAAUGUCAUCGUAAAAACAGGAUUUUUUGCCAAAUAUAACAUAUUUGUCGUACAUAGAGCCAGUACGACAACGUCUGUCGCCACCACCACCAGACAACCUUGUUUACCUGUUGUCUGUCCUACCUGUCAUCCGGGUGAAAUAUCUACCUACAAGUACUACAACGACCCCUGCCCGGCUUUCUGUGUUUGUCAGGCUUCUUCGCUGCCAACAGAACCUGUCCCCAUAGGAACGGUGGUUGGUCGCGACUACCCAAUGGAGAACAACGAGACGUACGUUAACCAAGGCUACAUAAGGACGCCCAGUAUGGCUCACUACCCUGGUCACUACCCUCUUGUCUACAAUACCGACAUCAGGAUCGACAUCGGUCUGGACCACAUCUUUAAGGACAAAUACGUCAAACUUACGUUUCUUCACUUCGACCUAGAUCACUGUAAAUAUGGUUAUGACGGGAAGACGUGCCGAUGUGAUUAUCUUACGUUCAACAACGUUCAAGGGCUGGCGAACACACGACUCUGUGAUGGUAACAAGAUCACUCUCAACCAGACAUACAACGUCCGACCCUCUAGUAGGUCAGACCGGUACCUCGAGUUCACGUUCACGUCAGACAGUUUCCUUGUACUGACUGGUUACGUGAUUAGGUACGAGGUUGAGGAAGGGAACGCGCCCACGUGUCAGGGAGUUGACCAGAGCUGUAAUGGUACACAAUGUCCUUUGGGACACAGAUACGACUUCGCGGGGUGCCGUAUGUGUGAUUGCAUCACCACGACAAUCGCAACCACCACAGUUACCACUACCACCCCAGCACCAACAACUCCUGUGUUGUUUAAGUCAAAGCUUCUGGAUCGUUUGAUGGGACUUAUUCACGAAAUGACAUCUCUAUACAACGAUAUACGACACAGCAGAGUUCUAGACUAUGCUUGAAUAAUAUAUCACGUAAUCUAUUAGGCACGUGUAUUUAUCAAAACUCUUAGGUUUGUUAAGUGAAUAACACAAUAUGUGUGUCUUUAGUUAGCUAUAUCAGUGCUGUGACUUAUUGAAAGAACCCUUUACAAAGUUUGAAUCGAUAAGAAUUACCCCGUUACAUUUUUGGUAAUUUAACAAUUUGUGCUUUCGCCUGACUAAAAUAUCAACCAUUAUUACUGAAAGUUUAAGAAAAUAAUUAUUUCGUCUUCAAAA